AUGACGUCAUCACAGAUUCUAUCUACCGACACAUCGCACUACUCCCCAAAGCCACUGUCGUCGCCGAUGACAUCACCAGUCCCACCCAGACCCACUAAUAGGCCGAUGCGGCAGCUGACUCAGACGCCCCAAUUCGGUCCUGCAUUGACCUCGAGUGAAAGUAUCUCGAGAACAGAUAGUUCUAACAGCCUUUUAGGUAGCUCUAGCAAUCCUGUAGGUAGCCCUAACAAAAUUGUAGGUAGCUCUAGCAAUCUCGCGAGUAUGAAUAGCCCCAGCCAAGAAAGCAUUUUCAGCGCGAACGCCGAAUCUAUAUAUAGCCCAACCGGAGUCACCAACACUGGUUCAAUAACGUCACCCAGUACUGAACAGUUAAUCAGUGCCCACGCACCAGUGACGACACCCCCCUCUGAGCCAAUCAAAACGCCCGAAACUAAUGACACAGUACUCCACCCCAAGCGCCAGAGUUUUUCGACAGUGGAUCUGGAAGACGAUGAAAUGUCUUUACGCUGAACUCGCCACACACA